CUAAUAGCAGAGAGAGCCUGGGUACUGGGCUGGGAUUGCACGGCUUACAGGAAUAGGUUCCAUUCCUGGAGUCCCACCAAGCUGCCCCCUCCUGGCCCCUGUCUCCCCGCCCUGAGGUCCUCUCUUCUGCUGCUGAGGUGGCCAUCGGACCCCUUCUGGGUGGCCCCUGAGCACUCUCUCAGCAUGAACUGCAUAUCCGACUUCUUCACCUAUGAGACCACCAAGUCAGUGGUGGUGAAGAGCUGGACCAUCGGGAUCAUCAACCGUGCAGUUCAGCUUCUGAUCAUCUCCUACUUCGUGGGGUGGGUGUUUUUGCACGAGAAGGCCUACCAAGUGCGGGACACGGCCAUCGAGUCUUCCGUGGUGACCAAGGUGAAGGGCUUCGGGCGCUACGCCAACAGAGUCAUGGACGUGUCUGACUAUGUGACACCGCCGCAGGGCACUUCUGUCUUUGUGAUCAUCACCAAGAUGAUCGUGACUGAAAACCAGAUGCAAGGAUUCUGCCCCGAGAGCGAGGAGAAAUACCACUGUGUGUCUGACAGCCAGUGUGGGCCUGAUCGCUUCCCCGGUGGGGGAAUUCUCACGGGCCGCUGCGUGAACUACAGCUCUGUGCUCCGGACCUGUGAGAUUCAGGGCUGGUGCCCCACCGAGGUGGAUACCGUGGAGAUGCCGGUCAUGAUGGAAGCUGAAAACUUCACUAUUUUCAUCAAGAACAGCAUCCGGUUCCCCCUCUUCAACUUUGAGAAGGGAAACCUCCUGCCCAAUCUGACAGCCGGGGACUUGAGGACCUGCCGCUUCCACCCCGAAAAGGCCCCUUUCUGCCCCAUCUUGCGGGUAGGGGACGUGGUCAAGUUUGCAGGGCAGGAUUUUGCCAAGCUAGCCCGCACGGGUGGUGUUCUGGGCAUCAAGAUCGGCUGGGUCUGCGAUUUGGACAAGGCCUGGGACCAGUGCAUCCCCAAAUACUCCUUCACGAGGCUUGAUGGUGUUUCUGAGAAGAGCAAUGUCUCUCCUGGCUACAACUUCAGAUUCGCCAAGUACUACAAAACAGAGAACGGCACCGAAUACCGCACGCUCCUGAAGGCUUUCGGCAUCCGCUUUGAUGUGCUGGUUUAUGGGAAUGCCGGCAAGUUCAACAUCAUCCCCACCAUCAUCAGCUCCGUGGCGGCCUUCACUUCCGUAGGAGUGGGGACUGUUCUCUGUGACAUCAUCCUGCUCAACUUCCUCAAGGGGGCCGAUCAGUACAAAGCCAGGAAGUUUGAGGAGGUGAACGAGACAACACUGAAGGUCACUACCUUGGCCAACCCAGUGGACCCCAGGGACCUGGCCACCGAGGAGAAGCAGUCUACAGACUCAGGGGCCUACUCCAUCGGCCACUAG